AUGUUAUUGUCUACACGUGAUGCACAACUCGAAAGACGGUGUUCAAGAAUACUUGCAUCAGAUGCUUUAGCUGAACGAUUAACUCUUGCUGGUAUUGACAAUGCAAGUUUUCAAGGAGAUACAACCUCUGAAUUCCGUGCUCUUAGUAUAAUAUCUCGAAUACGAUCAAAUUCUGGAAUUGAGUCAUCACCAACACCUACUCCAGGUACCGGAGAAGCAUCAAUAAAGGAUGCAGAAACAGCAAAGAGUACUACAAAAAAACGAUAUCAUUGGAGGAUGACUCAUUAUUUCUAUAUUCAUAUAAGUUUAUUUAUUCUCAACGGAUUUUUUUGUGGUUUAAUUAUUUGGCUAAUUGAAAAUCAUUCAUCAUCACGCAAUGUUCAAAUAGAUGUACCAUAUGUUGAUGCAUGGUUUGUUGCUAGUUCAUGUGUAUACAAUUGUGGGUUAACAACAAUAGAUUUUGCAAAACUUUCAAAAGCUUCUCAAAGUAGUCUUAUGUUAUUCACAUUUUUAUCAGGUAUUACAAUUAGUACUUUACCAGCAUUAAUUGUUAAAGCUCAUACACAUAAAAAUGUCGCAGGAGUAACUGUCGAUGAUGAUCAUGGCGAAGUAGAAGAUGAAGAUAUGGAUGACUUACCAACAUUUAAUAUACGAAAUAGACGACAAUUGCCACAACGUAUUCGCGAUCAGCUAGCAUCAUUACCAACAGCAGCACAACUUCGUUUUCGUGCUUAUAUAACAUGUAUUUUUCUAAUUCUUGGUACUUGUUUCACUGUUUAUAUAAUAACAUUUGUUGCUAUUGGUAGUUGGUUACAAACAAAAUAUACACCUGAACAAUUACAACAAGGAAAUUCUAGUAUUAAUCCAUAUUAUAUAUCAUUUAUUGUUACUGUAACAGGUUUUAAUCAAAAUGGUUUAACACCUUUUUCCGAUGGUUUCUCACGUUUUGUUAAUGAUGUUUAUCUGAAUUUAUUUGUUAUGAUGGUUGUUAUCAGUGGAACAUCACUUUUUCCUUUUUUAUUACGUAAUGUCGUUAUACAAGUACGUCGUCUUGUUCCAUGGCGCUAUAAAAUUGUUUUUGAUUAUAUUCUUAUGAAUAAUCAUCGUUUAUCGACUCUACUAUUUCCUGCUGUACAAACACGUAUUUAUCUUUCCAUUACUGCUCUAUUAUAUAUUAUGGGUGUUUCUAUUUCACUUAUACUUGAUUUAAAUAGUGAUAACUUUGCUAUGUAUUCACCAGGUACACGUUUUCUUAUAUUUCUUUUUACUACAGUCAAUACACGAUUUGCUGGUUUUAAUACAGUUGAUAUGAAUUCAUUUGCAACAGCAACAUUGUUAGUAUAUUUAAUGUUAAUGGCAACUAAACCACAAAUGUUAUGUGCUAUUGAUGAAAGUCCAUUUGAAUUAUCUUGGUUAGCAUUACAAGCACGAGAAGAAGUUGAUGCUAAAACAAAUCCUGGAGCAGGUGGAAUUGAUACUUCAAAUUCACCAAUACGAUCUCCAUCGGGAUCUUUUUCAUCUGGUACAGGAUCAAGUGGUUUACCUAUGAGACAAAUGGAGCGUUUUUUACGUCGGCAAAGUUUUGUUACUAAAGAUCGUGCUCGACAACAUUUUGCUAAUAUUGCGGUAGAUGAUGGAGAAAGACAUAAAACUCGACAUUUAAGAGGUAUACGUACUCGAUUAUUUCUUAUUUAUUUUAUCCGAGCUCUUAUUAAGCAUGCACUUAGUUUUGUUCUUUUAACACGUACUUGGCUAUUUUUCUUUAUAUUUCUGAUUUGUGCUAUUGAAUAUCGUCGAAUGGCACCUGCUGAUCCAAAUAUAACCGUAUUUAAAAUUGUUUUCGAAAUUAUAUCAGCAUUUGGAGCUGUUGGAUUAUCACUUGGAUAUCCAAAUGUAGCAUCAAGUUUUUCUUCUGUUCUAUCACCAGCAAGUAAAACUAUACUUAUUUUAACAAUGUUAAUGGGACGACAUCGUGGUUUACUUGCAUCAAUGAAAGAUCAAGAGGCGAUAGAACAUAGUGCAGCUGAUUUACUUCAACGAAAACGUGAAGAAAUUAUUCAUGAAUAUGAACAAAGAAAAUCACGUGUUGAUAUAACUAACGAAGAAGAUCCUGAAACGUUAUUUACUCGAUUUUAA